GGUCGGGUUUUUUUCAAGAUUGUUGCUUUAUUGAGUGUUUCAGGUGGUCGCAUUAGAGGAUCUUGCGUUCUUGAUUGGCUGUAAUUUAUCACUUCUGAUAUUUUGGGGUGUGAAUGUGGAAUUGAGAGAUUGUUGCAUGCUGUGCAGAUUUCGCGGCGAAUUGAGGCAGGGGCGUAGAACCGUCGUUUGGUCAGGGGACAUCUUUCAUGCUAGACACUAGAGUAGGUCGGCGUGCGGCUGUCACGGGUCGCGUAUUGUCGUAGAUGGUGGCUCGAGAGUCGGUCGUGGUGGCUGUCAGUGUCGACGCGGGAUGUUUUGUUUGGUGUUUGCGGAAAGUUGAGUUAUUUUCUUUUUCUGUUAUUCGAGACUGAUGUCAAACAAUCGCACGAAUGCAAUGGAAAUUGCAGAUAUCGAGAACGACGUGUUGUGUGAGAAGAUCAUCAAUGACAUAAACGCAGUUUUGACGCGGGAUCCCGAUGUGACCUCAUUUGAAAUAAUACCAACACUCUCGUACCAGAAUAAAUCGCCUGUGAUUCACGUGGAACAUAAUUUAGGACUAGAGUCAUGGUGUGCCAAACAUGUCUACGAUUUCUCCCAUAAAACUAUAUUAGCAAGUAAAUUAAGCGGUAGCAAAUAUAUCUAUAAUGACUCCUUAGUUAAGUAUUUGAAUUGCGCACUACUCAUCAAUCCUGAUGUGACGACGUUUUGGCAUAUACGGCGGCAGCUUGUAGAGAAGAAUAAACUGAAAAUCCAGAAGGAAUUUCAAUUUGCGGCAUUGGUUCUGACUAAAAAACCGAAAGCGAGUGAAGCGUUCGCUUACAGGAGAUGGUUGUAUCCGUUUCAAAGCGCUGAAUCGAUUGACUGGUCAAUCGAGAUUGGAAUUUGUGAUAGAUGUGCGGAUAAAAGUCUCAGUAACUACCAUGCCUGGUCGCAUCGUCAAUGGGUUCUGGAGCGGGCGUCGCAUCUACUGCGGUCUGAAAUCUUGCAUACGGAAAAGUUUAUCAAAAAGCAUAUCAGCGAUUACAGUUGCUAUCAUUAUCGUCAAUUCGUGCUGCAAACAAUCUUCGACAUCUGCUACUAUGAUAAGGAACAAAAUGAAUAUAAUAGUCUAAGAGAUUUCAUAAAUUUCUACUUAGUUGACGGAGUUUCAUCUGUGGGUGAAAUAAUUCAGACACUCUUGCCAAACAUUGAUUUGAACGCUACAAACGAAGACAAACUAAAAUGUUUCCUAUACUGUUGCAACUUUGCUGCCUACGAUAUAAAAUUUUGUGAUGAUUUGAAGAAUCUUUUCGGUUUUCGGGAAUCAUUCGAGAAUCAUCGACGCGCUUCACUGAGAUUCAUUGUGGAAAAUUGCAUGAGAUUCAACAGCUCGGUUGAAUGUUACCAACAACCUCCAGUUUCAAAGUUGUCGAAAUUCGACUAUUCUUCUAAUGCAUUUUUAAUGGCUCUAAAAAAGUCGGAAGGCAUGCUUGGCGAACAGCAUAGAAAGUGGUGUUCGUUGUUUUUAAAUUUUGACUAUUCUGAUAACUCGGAUUAGGGAGAUUAGAUGCGUUUUAUGUUGAUUCGGUAUGGAUCGGGUUGAAGGCAGUGGAAAGGCCGCAUGGUUAGGAUCAAAGUGUAGUUUGAGAUGAUUUUCAUCUCUGAGGUUUCUCGCGAUACAGUAAAGGAACGGGAGUCUCGUAUUAGAGCAAAAAAAGUCUCCAUGAAGAUAAUAAUAUACAAUACAAGAAUUUUUAUUAGAAUUACGGAUAUCAAUAUCAUAAGUAUUACAUAUUAUAGAUCGCAAUUGCGACUUGUUGGUUUCAGAGUAUCGAAACAGUUCCUUCGUUGUAUUGGUAAUAUUUUCAAUAGAAUGCCUCAUUUUUGUAGCUAAUUUCCGAUUUGCAGUCAAGUUUUUGAUGUCUCUUACUU